AUGGAGAAGAAGCUGAGUACACUGGGCGAGGCUCCCCCCGUCAAGGACGAGGUGGAGUACUUGGUUUGCAUCUUGGACCGCAGCUGCUGCCACGCCGACCUCGCCAAGAUUGCGCAGGAGCAGCUCUUCCGCCUGCUUUGCGUGCUGCCUUCCAGGGCGGAGACCUUGUCGGCGCGGCUCAUGGCCCUGCGCGCGCUGAGCCGCUGCUCCUUCGUGGCACCCGAGUGCAUGAAUGACUUCGGCGUCGAGGGGACUGCCUGCCUGCAGCGCCUGGAUUGCAUUGAGCCUGAGCCCAUCCCGUCGCCCGUCGCCCGGAUGUUCUCGAGGUACAUCAUGGCCGUGACGUCUUCCUUGAGCCUGGGGAGUUCCGAGACGGCCGAGAAGGCUGCGGUCCGCCGAAGGCUGAUUCAGGAGGUCAAGGAGUCUUUGGCGGCCAACGCGGCCCUGGCGCCGCUGGUGGAGCACUUCUCCAGGACAAUCCUCUGUGAGGCGGUGUCCGUGUCCCGCAGUGUUUGCCAUGGCGCCUAUGAGCAGCUGGACCUUCUGGGCAUGCUGCAAGACCUGCAGGACUCCUUCGAAGUCACGGUGGCAGACUUUGACCGGCUGGAUGGUAGCAAGGUGGAAGUGGCUGCAGCAGAACUCAUGAACAAGCUUGUUGCCUUGCUACAUGUCCUGCUGUGCACCAUGUUCCGGCAUGGCCGAGCCUCGCACAUGUACACGAAGGAUGCAGAUGAUGUAAAGGAGCGUGCCAAUGGAGGCUUCUCCGACGGCGAUGUGAAGGCCGCAGUGGACGGCCUGAUGCAGGUCCUUGACAAGGUGCAGGUCAUGCUUCAUCUAGGAAGUACUGACAAGGGCCAUGGUGGCAACCUUCCAGAGUUGCUUGCCACCGACAUCCGGGUCCUGUUCUACCUGACAGCUUUGCUCCGUGAGGCGUCCUGCAAGCCGUUGGAUUCCCCAUUCUUGCGGGUGACCCGAUCCACUGCCUACUUCGAAGUGCUGCACUCCUGCAUCAACCUGUCUCUAGCUCGCUUCCAGCGGGAGGCCAAGGGGCCCCCGCCCAGGGACCUGUGCGCGAACAAGCUGAAGGGCGGCCCCACAGAUAGCCCCCUGUCUCAGUUCAUGGACGACUUCGACCUGGGCCUCAUCUUUGAACACCUCAUCGUGUGCUUGAGGCACACCUUGGUGCAGGCCAUGUACAUCGCACCAGAGGUGAGCACCAAGCUCUUGCCCUGGGCUUGGGUGUCGCAAGAGCGGCUACCUAUGCACAAGGACAUCAUGAACUGGCUGCCGCAGAUUGUGAAGCGUUACAAGCACAUCUCCGCCAUCCGCACCGAGACGCUCCGCUACUUUGCCUGUGCCGCCUCCUACGAGUGUGCCCCCUUUGCACGCCCAGAGGACAUCACGAUUGAGGCCGUGGAGGACGACGACCGCUCCGUGACGGACUCGCCCAUGGCGUCGCCGACGGCCCACGGCGACGCCGGCGACGCCGCGGACCCAGGCGCGGGAGCGGCCGAGGUGCCGACGGGCCCCGCGGGUCCCGCAGCCGCGGGUCCCGCAGCCGCGGGUCCCGCAGCCGGUCCCGAGCGGGAGGCCCUGCACGACAGCUCCACGGAGACUCCGGUGGACCCGGCCAUCCGACUGCCCUUUGGCGGCUUGAUCUCCCUGAGGCAGAAGGAGCUCAGAAACUUCUUGGCCGAGGAACUGGAGAGAUCCGAGGACAUGUACUCUCUGUGCCUGGCCAUGCUGUGCGUUGCCAACUUUGCCGCCUACGAAAGGCGGGUGCUCGAGGGUCCGACCUCCAAGAAACUGGGCAAGCACCUCCCAGUGGAGGAGAUGUCUCGGCUGCUGCGUGGAGUUGUGAAAGUGCUGAAGCAAAUUCCGAGCUUCGACGACUGGGAUGUGGCAAACACUAUGACCUUGCAUGCUCUUCGUUUCAUUUGCAACUUGUUGGCCUUCGAGGUGGAGUUCAUCACCGCGGAGCUGCAGCAUCUCAACGCCUUGGAGGAGGUGAGCAAGUUGUUCGAGUACUGGUUCCACGACGAGGACAAGAUUGAGGACGACAAGCUGUACAUCCAGACGCUGCAGAGCUUCAUUCUGUUGGUGCGGAACUGGAGCUGCGGCAGCUGCCGGGCGGAGCUUAAGGUCAAGGAGAAGAAGGAGACUGCCACCUCACGCGAGGAGCGUGACUCUGCGGCGAGCUUGCUGAAGGUCUUCAAGUCGGGCAUCAACGUGCCGUACCUUAUCACUCUGACAAUGAAGUUCUCGAAGACGCUCAUCACAGGCAGACGGCCGAUUCCCAACAAGGACGAGGAGAGGGACAAAGUGAUUGGUGACGUGCUGGUGAUCCUGCAGACGCUGCUCAGGCGCACAGACACCCUCCAGAACAUGAGCUGGGAGAAGGUGGACAUCAUCGACUAUGAGAACUUCCUGUACGUCCUGAAAACUCACCGCCUAAGGCGCACCGAGAUUCUGGAGGAUGAGCAGAUCCUGAACACUUUAUACUUGAUGGUGAAGCAGGCCUUCCCCUUCAAGGGCCUGGUGUUUUUGGAGUAUUUGAUGGAGGUGGCGUAUGGGGACCACCGGGAGGAGCACACGACGCUGCAGGACAUGGCCGCGGUGUGCUGCGCCAUCAUCUCCACGCAAAACGCGACGGACGCGUCCACGCCCACGGUGAACGUGGCCAGCGUGGUGAAGGACAACGCCCAGUUUGUGCACGCGCUGGACCGAGUCCCGGAUCCCAAGAUGCAGAUCUGGCACUACCGUCUGCUCACCGGCUGGAGCCGUCGGCCCAAGGUGCUGGAUGACUUGGUGGGGGAUGCGGAGGCAUUGAAGUUCGUGGUGGACCACCUGCUGGAGACCCACUUGUGCCGCUACAGCGUGGUCAUCGUGCACAACAUCUCUAUGCUGCGGUCCGCCGCUCUGCUGAGCCCCGGGCACAUCUCCACCAUCUGCGAGGCCUACGCCCAGCUGGGCCCCGGCGCCACGCUGCACCGCGGGGACGAGCAGCAGCGGCGCCUGGUGCGGCGCCUGCUGCUGGCCUCUGUGAGGAACUGCCUUUGGCACGGCUCCGGCGCCGGCCUCAGCGACCCGGACAUGCUCAGCGUCAUCAACCUCGUGGCCUGCAUUGAGGACCGACUCUCCCACCGCUGCUCUUGA